CAACUUGGGCUGGGCCAACGUCACGACGUUCCGAAAGUUCCUUUUAGGUGAGUAGCGCCAGGCCGCUUCUCUUACAUCUAACGACCGGCAGAAGAUGGGACGAAUCGAAUGGGCGAUGUGGGCAAACGUGCAAGCAGUGUACGGAGCGCCAUGUACUCUUAUGGGAGGAAUAAUAGGGGUGUUUGACUUCAAGAAUGAGUGGGCUGCUUACUAUGCCAUCGCAAUAUCUGUUCUGGUUUGGCUUGUUGAAUAUCCAAGAAGCAAGCGGAGGAGUGGCAACACACCCAGCAGACCGUUUCAAGAAUAUGUAGCACCUGUAUGGAACGCCCUUGGCCCUCUCUACAAGUUUUAUCACGUCCGAUUCAUCUUUCACUUGGCAGCUGCGAUUCCUCUCUUCUUCUGUCUUCCGACUAUCCUCGGAGGGAUCUUCAUGGUGUCUUCGGGAACGCUUUACUUUGUGGCUGCUUUACUCGGUGAAAAGUGGAUACCCAUCAAGCUAGCAUUCGGAUCGGGUGCUGCACCACCUGUAGCAGAAACACGAGGCCAGAUAUCUGCUCCACCUUCUCAUCCACCCCCGAGGGGUCCAUUGAGGGCAUCCGCAUCAGGCAUUAGUGAUGACUGA